UCAAAAUGGCGGAAGGGAGCGAAUCCCAAUCAAACAAUCCGCUAUCAAGGAAAUUAAAUAAGAUCUUAGAGACUAGAUUGGACAAUGAUAAGGAAAUGGUGGAGGCCUUGAAUGCCCUGUCCACUUUUUUUGUGGACAACAGUUUGCGUUCUCGGCGGAAUUUGCGUGGAGAUAUUGAAAAAAGAAGCUUAGCAAUUAAUGAGAGCUUCGAAGGUGCAUUCAGAGACGUCAAACAGCAAUUGGAUGCUGUGCAUGCGGACAUUGAACAAAUGAGUAGAUGUUGUACAGAAAUGACGAGCAGACUUAAGUCUGCAAGAGACCAAACCUCUGACUUGAUAAGCAAGACUACCACACUUCAAGCUGAAAGUCAGAGAAUACAGAUGAAAGAAACAGUUGCAGAUGCAUUCAUUUCAAGAUUUCAGUUAAAACCAGAUGAGGUGCAAGCUCUUAAAGGAACAAGGAAUGGUCCUAUUUCUGAGACAUUUUUCGAAGCACUCUCACGGGUUAAAGAAAUUCACAAUGACUGCAAACUUCUGUUGAGGACAAAACAACAAACAGCUGGUUUGCAGAUCAUGGAAGCCAUGGCAUUACAUCUGGAGUCAAGCUACGAGAAGCUUUACAGGUGGAGUCAAGAUGAAUGCAGAGGCUUAACAGGAGACCUUCCCGACAUAUCUAACACGCUAAGCAGAGCAAUGGUUGCUCUUCAGGACAGGCCUGUGUUGUUUAAGUAUACUUUAGAUGAAUAUGGCACAGCCAGAAGAACUGCUGUGGUGAGAUGCUUCAUUGAUGCACUCACAAGAGGAGGACCUGGUGGAACUCCUAGACCAAUUGAAUUACAUUCACAUGAUCCAGUUAGAUAUGUGGGUGAUAUGUUGGCGUGGCUUCACCAGGCAAUAGCGUCAGAAAAGGAACUUCUUCAUAGUUUACUAAGAAACUCAUCAUCAACAGGUGAUAACGUACAAAAAGAAAUUCUUAGUCACAUAACAGAAGGGGUUUGUAGACCUUUUAAGGUACGAGUGGAGCAGGUCAUUGUGUCAGAGCCGGGCGCUGUGAUGCUGUUCAGUUUAGCAAAUAUUCUAAAAUUUUAUGGCACAACGAUAGGGAGCCUUAUUGAUGAAGAUGCCUCGGUAACAGUAACGAUUCUUGACAUGAAUGCUCUAGCCUUGAAGAUGUUCUACAACAGCUUGAACUGUCACGCAAGCAAACUGCUAGAAAAGAUUGAACUUCCUCCCCCAGAUCUCAGUCCCACAGAAUCGUUAAGAGAAACGAUGAGUUUACUUAGAGACGUCCUUACUUGUCACGAUGCUUCUGUUAUUCCACUGGACGCCAGACAAGCUGAUUAUGCGAGGAUUAUCUCCUGUUUGGUCGACCCACUCAUCCAGAUGUGUUCCAUGUCGGCCAGCCAUCUGAACGCGUCAGACAUGGCUGCUUACAUGAUAAACUGCAUUCAUCAGAUACAGAGCACGUUGGCGGUUUACGAAUUUACUGAUAAACACAUCGAAAUGCUAGCGGGUCAGACGGAAGCACACCUAGAUACGUUAAUCAGUGAGCAAGCAUCAUUCAUUCUUAGUCGUUCUGGUGUUGGUAAUUUGUACACUGUGUACCAGGAGAACCGCGGUCAGAAGGUGGCACUGUCCUCGCUUCAUGGAAUGGAUCCGCAGAGUGUUAAAGACGCCAUGGCCAAAUUCGAUAAGUAUCUCUCGUGUCCCGAUAGUCUAGUUAUGCCUCAGUGCAAUCUUUUGAGAACGACAAGACUACGCGAUACCGUCCACAAGCGAGCGGUGGAUGCCGUUUGUACAAUGUACAAGACGCUCUACGACGCCAUUGUGAACGACAGUAACAAAUACCCGGAUGUUAAAACUUUGGUGCCUCGCACCCCAGAUCAAGUGACGUCCCUCUUGACGUAGCUAAUGAAAAACUAAACCUAAUUUUUAAACCACGAUGUAAAUAAAUAGAAAAUGAGAAUCUCUCUUUCUCUCGAAUUACCCAAAUGAAAAAAUGAAUAGUGUUCUGGGUGUAUUGCGUAAUGCCUCUCUUUUUACCCCAACAAUGGGACAAGUCGUCAUUUAUAGCCUGGGGGGCUUGGAAGAUUUUUCUUAUGGGGGGUUUCUCAUAGAUUUUUUAGGGGAGGAGGGGGAUCAGUCGUCGCUAACAGACUAUAGAUUGGAGGAGCUGUAGAAAAUUGACCGCCAGUUAACUGCUAACGAGUUACAAUCGUAAGAAUAUUACAGAGCCUUAUGAGAGCACAUAAAUUUCAUCGUGACGCAUCUUUCCCUCUCUCCCCCCCUCCACGGUAGGUAAUGACCGGUCCCUAAUUGCAGUGCAUUUUAAUUAACCCUUACAGUAUUAGAGGUAAAUCAGUACGUAAAUUCACCUUACAGUGUUCGUACAUUUUCAUACAUGGUGGUAAUGAGAAUUAAGACUUAUCAUGUUGGGGAUGAUGAAACAUGAGAUUGUCUACCUUUAGUUGAGGGAAGAUCUUAAAAAUGCAAAAAGUUAAUAGCUAGGGACUGUUUGAGCGUUUUCUCAAGAAUUUGUAAAGUGCACGUUAUAGACCACUUUCAUAAAUAGCUGCUGGAUUAAUAUUCUUUCGUUAAAUUUGAAUUAGCCUUGCUGACCUCGUU